GUAAGAAGCGGGAUUUGGGUAGGGUGAGGGGUAGAGUGGAAGGAAAGAUCAAAAGGGCUGGAAGUAUAUGUUUGAGAAAGACUUAACAUCUGGUCAAAUCAAGAGAAAGAGGAAGGUGCCCAUAGUGGGUGUCACUGUGAUAGGGACUAUUCAGUGAUGGCUAAACACCUUAGAUUACUUCCCUCUAAGCACCUUAGAUUACUUGCCUCUCUGGUCCAAAAUGGGAAUACAGGAACCCUGAUCUGAGACCUGGGCAUCUUCAAUGGACAUCCCUGAUAGGUAUCGACUUGGCAACUUGUGAAUACUUAAGUAUUAUAGUAAGAGGGAAUAAUGACUGGCCUGGGUCCCCAAGUAAAAGUCUAUCAGGUGGAUGUUGUGGUGGGGUAGUAGGUAAGACCUUUUCUGAAGUCUUUGGCUGCUGAGCAGUGGAGUGAAGGAUCCACAGAGGGUAAGUGUGAGAGGGUCGGGACUCUUCGAGACUGGGAGCAAAAUUGACUUACCUUUGAUGUCUUUAGAUCACCCCCAGGAGCCAACAACCAGAGACUACCAGACCACACCGGACUCGGGCACCCACGAGGUCUAUGUGGAGCUGCAGGAGCUGGUGAUGGAUGGGAAGAACCAGGAACUUCGGUGGAUGGAGGUGGCCCGUUGGGUUCGAUUGGAGGAGAACAGGGCUGAGGCAGGGGGCUGGGGUCGCCCCCAUAUUUCUUGCUUAACCUUCUGGAGCCUCCUAGAGCUACAGAGAACUUUUAAAAGGGGCACCGUGAUGAUGGACCUGUCUGAGACCACCUUGCCUGGGAUUGUCAACCAGCUUCUAGACCAAUUCAUCUAUGAAGGUCAGGUCCGGCCCCAGGACCGGGAUGAGCUGCUCAGGGCUCUGCUGGUCAAACACAGCCACGAAGGAGAAUUGGAAGCUCUGGGAGGGGUGAAACCAGCUGUGUUAAAUCGAUCAGGCGAUCCCUCUGAGCCCCUGCUGGCACAACCCUCCUUAGAGAGCCAGAUCUACUGUGAGCCGGGAGAAGGUUCCUCAUGCAGCCCAGGGCCAUCUCACAUCCUGGAGAAGAUCCCUCCUGAUUCAGAGGCCACACUGGUAUUAGUGGGUCGUGCCUCCUUCCUGGAACGUCCCAUCCUGGGCUUUGUGCGGCUUCAGGAGGCAGCCAGGCUGGAAGCAGUUGAUGUCCAGGUGCCAGUCCGUUUCCUCUUGGUGCUCUUGGGGCCUGAGAGCCCCCACGUGGACUACACCCAGCUUGGCCGGGCUGCUGCCACCUUAAUGUCUGAGAAGCCCCUGGGCUUGUACAAAGAGUUUCCCCUCUGGAUGAAGUUUGCUUCUGUUGUGCCAGCUCUACUCGUCUUCAUCCUCAUCUUCCUGGAGACACAGAUUACCACACUCAUUGUGAGCAAACCAGAGCGGAAGCUGGUCAAAGGCUCAGGUUUCCACUUGGACCUGCUGCUGAUCGUGGGCAUGGGCGGAGUGGGUGCCCUGUUUGGGAUGCCCUGGCUCAGUGCCACCACAGUGAGGACUGUGACCCAUGCCAAUGCCCUCACUGUCAUGGGUAAAGCCAGUGCACCAGGCGAACGGGUUCAAGUCCAGGAGGUCAAGGAACAGAGACUCAGUGGACUCCUGGUCUCAGUGCUUGUUGGUGUCUCCGUCUUCAUGGAACCCAUUCUGUCCAAGAUCCCCUUGGCUGUUCUUUUUGGCAUUUUCUUGUAUAUGGGAGUCACAUCACUGAGUGGCAUCCAGCUUUUUGACCGGAUUUUGCUCCUCCUGAAGCCUCCCAAAUACCACCCUGAUGUCCCCUAUGUCAAGCGGGUAAAGACCUGGCGUAUGCACGUGUUCACUGGCAUCCAGAUUAUCUGCCUGGUGGUGCUGUGGGUAGUAAAGUCAACUCCUGCCUCCCUGGCACUACCUUUCGUCCUCAUCCUCACCGUGCCCCUACGCCGAUUCUUGCUGCCCCUCAUCUUUCGAAACUUGGAGCUCCAAUGUCUUGAUGCUGAUGAUGCCGAGGUCACAUUUGACGAAGAAGACGGCAGAGAUGUAUAUGAUGAAGUGCUCAUGCCAUCGUGAGCCAGGAAGAUCACCCCCAACAUUCUCUCCCAUACUUUCUCAACACCUUCAUUGUUAGGGACGUCCAUACCAACACCUAGAUGGAAACAGGGACCCUGAACUGGCAAACCAUUCCCUUGGGACCAGGACAACUGCCCACCCAUAGGGUGGGGAGCAGAAGAUAUGGGAGGGGGUAAGGAGGACCCUCUAGGGAAAACUAUUAUUUAUAGGUUUGUUUUAUUUUGUUACUUUUAUAUUGUGCCCCAAGGAAAUGAGGGCAAUAGGAACCUCUCUGCCUUGGUUUCCCCAUCUGUAAAAUGAGCGAAUUAGACCAACUAACCUCUAAGAUCCCUUCCACCUCGUAGUCCUGGGAUUCCUCAGUUUGUGGUCCCUUCACACAUUCUUAGAGAAAUACACAUACAUAAACAUCACACGUGCGCACACACACACACCCUCUUAUAUCUUCAUGCCAUCCUAAAAACAUGAACUAUUGGGACUGGAAGGGAUCUUAGACAUCAUUUCAUUCAGCUCUCUAAUUUUCUAGAGGGGGAAACUGAGGCAUAGAGAGAGAUAUACUUAUAGUUAGUUCAUGGAAGAACCAAGCCAGAAAUCUCUCCACUAUAAUUGCCAGACUCCAGUUAUACACCAUGGGGCAUCUUACCCAUCUGUUCCCUGCUAUACUCUGGCUUGGGACCAGACAGGAGGGGGGCAGAGGGGAAAUCUUGGCCUUCCUGCUCUCCCCUUUCCCCAAUCCUAUGCAAUCCUUCCCACCCGCCUGGAAGGCCUCCUAGCCUCCCAUCUGAUGAACUUGGUGCUAAAAAAAGGCUUUGCCCCUCGUCUGAGAGUGGGGAGGGGGUGUUGGAGGGAGUAAUUGGGGCAAGAAUUUAGAAUUAUUUUGCCACUUUCCUGUACAGUCCAGCUGUUAACUGAGCCUUAUUCAAGUGGCCCCAAUCAAUAGGGUUUAAAUGGGUGAGUGUGUGUGU